GGGACUCAGAGUUUAAGGCUCCUCUCCCAUACAGCAACUCUGCACAACCCAAGCAGACCAACUUUGGGACUUUGAAUGAACAUAUUUACAUCCACCUUUCUCUUCAUGUCGACUUUUCUGGAAACAUUCACACGGAUGCCAUGGUUACUCCUACCACGAUCUUACAGGUGAACAAGGUGAUGUCCAUCUUGUUUUAUGUGAUAUUUCUCUCUUAUCUUCGUGGCAUCCAGUCUACCAACAUGGAUCAAAGGAGUUUGCCAGAAGAUUCAAUUAAUUCUCUUAUCAUUAAACUCAUUCAGGCAGACAUUUUGAAAAACAAGCUUUCUAAGCAGAUGGUAGAUAUCAAGGAAAACUAUCAAAACACAGUGCAGAAAGUAGACACACAGCAAGAUAUGGAUGGAGAUGAAAAUGUGAAAUCAGACUUCCAGCCAGUUAUCUCAAUGGAUACAGACCUCUUAAGGCAGCACAGACGCUACAACUCUCCCCGAGUCCUCUUGAGCGACAACACACCGCUGGAACCACCACCUCUGUACCUCAUGGAGGAUUAUAUUGGAAACUCGGUGGUGGUGAACAGAACCUCCCGGCGGAAAAGGUACGCGGAGCACAAGAGUCACCGAGGGGAAUAUUCUGUUUGUGACAGUGAAAGUUUAUGGGUGACGGACAAAUCAUCUGCGAUCGACAUUAGAGGACACCAGGUAACUGUUCUGGGAGAAAUUAAAACAGGCAACUCUCCAGUAAAGCAAUACUUUUAUGAAACGAGGUGUAAAGAAGCCAAGCCGGUAAAAAAUGGCUGCCGCGGCAUUGAUGAUAAGCACUGGAACUCCCAAUGCAAGACAUCCCAAACAUACGUUAGAGCACUGACUUCAGAAAAUAAUAAACUGGUAGGCUGGAGAUGGAUAAGAAUAGACACCUCCUGUGUGUGUGCAUUGUCAAGAAAAAUAGGAAGAACAUAAAUCUGCAUCUCUGCUAUAUAAAUUAUUACUUUAAAUUAUAUGAUAUGCAUGUAGCAUAUAAAUGUUUAUAUUGUUUUAUAUAUUAUAAGUUGACCUUAUUUAUUAAACUUCAGCAAAUCUACAGUAUAUAAGCUUUCUCUCUCAAUAAACAAGAGCAAAGGGUGUGUGCCUCUGCUGUGGGCAACUCCAGGUUUUUUUAGACUAUGUUUGUGACACUGCUUGUUGGCAGCAUACUGUAACCUUACUGUAAAAUCUGUGUAAAAUCAGUAUUUUUCAUUCAGUAUUGUCAAGCCAGUGACUGUCAUUUAGUAAACUUGUUAAAAAUCAGAUCAAUGUCAAGAGUUGCGUACAUAUUUAUAUUCCCUGCUCUAUACGUUCACGUUUAAUUGGAUGCAGUAUUGACUCCUGACACCAAAACUAAAAUGGACCAAAAUAUGUGUUGUAGACUGCAGAUGAUGUCAACAUUACAGGCUUCAAGCAGCCAUUUCUGUGUAUUAUGCCAUUUUUUCCAGUGAAAUGACCAUUUUCGCUCUGGUAGCAUUUCACAGUGACAGCUAAUAAUCCAGUAACUUUCAUUUAUGUUUUUGAAACACAUUUGUUUUACAACUCUUUCUAGUGCUGCCAGUUCAUCAUAGAAAGAAUUAAAAAAAAAAUUAUCUAAAAUAUUUACAGCAGGAAUUUACUGAAGCCAAGAACCAAUCUAAAUGGAUAGUGAAAGAUGAUUUCUUCAGAUUUUACUAUUUGUUGUGAUCAGCCUCUUCCUCCUCACACAAAUCAAUUAUCUUCUGCUUGCAUUGUUGGAUCAUUCCUCUUUGUCUGAGUUUUUAAAUUAGAAAUAAAGCUGAUGGUGUCUUAACCUUAAAAGAGCCCUUGGCUUGCAAAUUUUAGUAAAGAAAAAUAUAAUAUCCUGGCAUGGAUAUCAAAGCCACACACCUGUAUGAAGCAGUUCUCCUCAGCAAUCCAUUCUCCAUUUUUGACAGGGGCAAAAAUAUGCUCAACAAAUCUGGUACUUUUCAUAAAAACAUAAAAUAAUAGAUCUUUUUGAGCAGUAUGGUGACUGAAAAGCAAGUAGUCCGUAGUUAUAAUGAAGUUCUUCAAUUAUACAGGUGAGUUGUUACUUAGGACAGAUAAAUGUACUAGCAUAUAUAUACCUCAAACUCUCCUUUCUAUUGUCAUGUAGCUCCACUGGGGACAAUAAUAAUUACACUUCCUGAAGAGAUCAUAGAAUCAUAGAAUGGUUUGGGUUGGAAGGGACCUUAAAGACCAUCUAGUUCCAAACCCUGCCCGGGGCAGGGACACCUCCCAAUAGACCAGGUUGUUCAAAGCCCCAUCCAGCCUGGCCCUGAACACCUCCAGGGAUGGGGCAGCCACAGCUUCCCUGGGCAACCUGUUCCAGUGCCUCACCAACCUCACAGUAAAAAAUUUCUUCCUAAUAUUUCAUCCAAAUCUCCUCUCAAAGAUUGUCUAUUAUGAGAUGGUCUAUUAUACAUUAGCUCUGGGAUCCCUGGAUGGGAUCCCACUCCCAUAAAAGUAAAUAAGAGUCUUGUCAUGGCUCUCAACAGAAUUAAAAUAGGACUGCAUAUGUUAUCUGUGUCUAGCUAGAUCUUAACACCCAGCUGGGGUUGAAAAAUGCCAGUCAUUCAAAAAGCGUUACAGCUGUAGUGGUCUUUGUUUUCUACACUAUGGCUUUAACUGUUAUAGUAUGUUCAGCAUCACAUGAAAAUGAGAUCAGAGCACUCAGAACUGAGGUUGCAGAUUGCCUUUGUUCAUGCAGCUUUCACUACUGGAGAACCAACUUCAAAUCUGCAACAGGUCAGGAGAUUGUGUGGUCUCCCCUAUUCCCUCACAGAGAGGGUUACACAUCAUAAAACCACUGGAGAACUGGACAGGUCACUUAUGAGGCCAAGCACUGGAAUAGCAGUGCCUCUGAAAGCCAGGCUGCAGUGUAUAGGUAUAAUUCUGCAGGGGAGGCCUCAAACAAAGGCUUUGAGAACCAUCUCAAUUUUCAACAUGAGGCCAGGGUAUUUACGUCACAGGAAAUAUCAUCACCUCACAGUACUAAAUCCUAACUUUGCUUCAAGCAAUAAUAACUUCAGAGGUUCAAUUCCAAGGCAAUUGUAACAAGGAACUUGGUAUCUGAUCAGACUAGAUUUUUUCCAGUCUUCUCCUUCUUUGGCAAACAUUAAAAAAAAAAAUAAAUAAAUCCUCAACCGAGCUUUUGCAAGUUUUACUAGUAUGGAAGUUUAGGUUUCAACUAAAUUUUUUGCUUGGAGGGACAAACAUAUUUUUUGGAUUCCUGCCCCACUGAAAUUUUUUGCAAGCUAAAAGCCCAAUUUUAUACCCUGAAUUCCCCAAAUAAGGACCAUUUUCAGAUGCUGUACGUAAUUGAGAGCCUGUAUUGUCAUGGAUCACUAACUUUAGAGAUCUCCACGCUUCAGUAUGCCAGAUAGGUCUAUCUCCAUAUGGGAAGAGGAAGCAAGAAAACUUACUGAGCUUGGUUAAUCACUGUUGCUUACAGACCCUAUAUCCCAUUAAUUGGAAACUACCUUGUUCCUACAGGCUGGAUGCCAUGCUUAUUUACAUCACUGUAAAUCGAGAGAAAUCCUAUUGAAGAUGGGCGAGAAAAUGUAGGUUUAUAGCAAUAUAAACAACAUUAGAGUCGAUCCUAUGCCUUUAUUUCUGCUCACUGAAAAUCAAGGGAGGUUCAUUCUUUAUAGGUUCAAAUAAAACCAUUUGUCAUUUUUCACUGUAAAUCCAGUAACAGGAACUGGGCUUUGACUCUUAACUGUACCAAUGCAGCAAGUAUUUUACAAGCCACCAGCAGAAAUGUAUCAGAGUAAAUGCAACGUCCCGUCAUCUGAAACACAUUAAACAAGAAAGAAGCAUGGUGCAUAAGGUUAUUAGAUCGGCUGCCUCUUUCCCACCCCAGUCUAACAAUGAACGGAAGUGUUACCCUCUGGAUCAGAUCCAGCUUCCACUAAAGUCCAUGGAAAAAUUCUCACCUUCUCCAGUGGAAGCUGGAUCAGGCCCUGAGCGAAGGAAAACCUGAAGAUCUCAACCAGAGAGCGGAGCAAUUGCACACAUCAGUUACGCGUUCUUGUAAAUCCUGUGUACGCAUAAGAUGCUGUAUAAUUUUGUAACAAGUUUGUAAACAAAGCCUGUAAUAAAUUUGUUAAGGCCUAAUCCUGUUUUCACUGUAGCCGGGAAUGGUUUUAUUGUCAACUUUGGUCACGGCACAAUGAAUUCAAAGUUCCUGUCCAACUUUUUUGAUGUGUGUUAAGUAAUUAAGCAAAAUACUCAGCUCGCAACGUUAGUCUAGUUUGAGUAUUCUAAAAUUCAGUCCCAUUAGGCAGUUCAGAUGCUCUGUCAAUAUUGUUUUGCCAAUAGAUCAUUAUAAACACACAUUUCAUUUAGCUUUUCUCCCAAACGACCGAACGCUAUUCUGAAAUUGCCUGUCUGUGUCAAACUGUAUUUUGUCCAUUUUUUUUUUCCCUAGUUUUUUUACAGUCCAUUUAGUAACAGUAAAAAACGCUCCACUGAGGUUUUGGGAAACCAUCUGCAUUUAUUUUAUCACCUUUGAACAUGUGUUCAGGAAUGAAGUCUGUGCAGCCAGUUUACUGCUACCAAGAGAUUUGUGCGGCUGCACCAGGAAGAAACUUUGACUGGACUCUACAGAGUGUGUGCUCGAAACCACUCUGCUCCUACUCUGUUAUUUCGAUGCUUUAGCAAUCAAAAGUCUUUUUGCUCGGCUGUACAUUGUGUAUCUGCAGACAAUACCAAACAG